AUGAUAGGCGGAUGUGGUGCAGAGUUUUUUACGGGAUUGAACCGAAAACAAACAGUCGAUCGACGUCGUGAAUCAUCUCGGUUUGCUGCACGUGAUCGACGUGGCAAAGAAGCGGACAUCUUUACGGAUCUCAAAGUAGUGGUGCCAAUAGUCGAUGAAGCAACCGUCACACAUGUGGAUAGGAUUGCUUUAUUGCGAGUUGCGUUAACUUUAUGCCGAUUACGAAAAGUUGCUACGAAAUUUCUGAAAACUGAUCUUGAUGAGAGGAGUGAAUGUUUAUGGUCUGAAACGACAUUGCUGGAGUGUUUAGAUGGUUUCUUGGCCAUUGUUGAUCUGGAUGGCAUUAUUCUAUAUGUUAGUGAAAGUGUUUCCAUCUACCUCGGGCUUACACAAACUGAUCUUACGGGACGUUCACUGAAAGAAUUUAUUCAUAGCAGUGAUUACGAAGAAUACAUAAGCUGUGAUACUGGAAAUGUGGUCGAUCAUGGCUAUGGUCAAGCAUAUACGUUGAGAAUGAAAUCAGUGAUUAGUCCACGAGGUAGAAACCUAAAUCUCAAAAGUGCUCUGUUUAAGCCAGUAAUUUGCCAUAUUCGUUCACUAUCGGCUGAGAAUGGACGUGUUCGUGUCAUACAGGCAAGUGCACAACCAGCUGGACAGGGUAAUAGUGUUUCUGUAGCUUCAAGAGGCACCGACGUACAAAAUGGCACUUACAUGACGCGACAUACUUAUGAUAUGAAAUUUUCAUAUGUCAGUGAAAGUUUUAACUAUAUUCUACGUCAUGAAGCGCGUUCUUUAAUGGGUACAUCAUUUUACAAUUUGGUCCAUCCGGCCGAUCUUGACGUGGUAGUUGUUUCGAUACGUGAAAUGCUCAAAAAAGGCCACACACGGACACCGUACUAUCGUUUAAUUGGUCUUAAUAAAUCAGUGUUAUGGGUACAGACGGAAGCGACUACCGUUAAUCAUACGACGAAAGGACAAAAAGGACAAUACAUCAUCUGUGUGCAUCAAUUAAUUGG